CCGGCUGCCGUAAAAUUUCAUAGAAGAAGAAGAAGAAGAAGGAACGAACAGCUUGACAGUAUUUCUCAGCCCGGACGAAUUUUCAGACCGGACCUACAAGAAGUCGGGAGUGCUGAUCAUUUCGGUAAUCAGACAUUAGCUCUGUGGACACCAGUGUUAAUAAACCAGCUGUUAUCUCCGUGGACACCAGCCAUUAAACCAGCUGUUAGUGCUGUGGAAAGCAGCCUGUUGAACCAGAGAUGCCCAAAAAGAAAACCGGUGCCCGGAAAAAGGCUGAGAGUCGUAAAGAGCGAGAGAAACAGAAUCGAGCCAAUCGGGAUGUUGUCGAUGUGGCCAAACACCCCUGCAACUCUAACAUGGACUGUGACAAAUGUCAGAGAAAACAGAAGAACAGAGCUUUCUGCUACUUUUGUAGUUCAGUGCAGAAGCUGCCUGUCUGCGCUCAGUGUGGCAAAACCAAGUGCAUGAAGUCAUCAGAUUGUGUCGUCAAGCAUCCAGGCAUCCACAGCACUGGAAUGGCCAUGGUGGGAGCAGUAUGUGAUUUCUGUGAAGCGUGGGUGUGCCACGGCAGGAAAUGUCUUAGCACUCAUGCCUGUGUGUGUCCUCUGACUGAUGCAGACUGCAUCGAGUGUGACCGGGCUGUCUGGGAUCAUGGAGGGCGUAUCUUUCGCUGUUCCUUUUGUCAUAACUUCUUGUGUGAGGAUGAUCAGUUUGAGCACCAGGCAAGCUGCCAAGUCCUCCAGGCAGAAACAUACAAAUGUGUUUCCUGUAAUAGACUGGGACAGCAUUCCUGCCUGCGCUGUAAGGCCUGUUACUGUGAUGACCAUGCCAAGAGUAAGGUCUUCAAACAGGAAAAAGGCAAAGCCCCGCCCUGCCCAAAGUGUGGUCACGAGACCCAGGAGACCAAAGACCUCAGCAUGUCCACCCGCACGCUGAAAUUCGGCCGCCAGGCUGACGUUGAUGAUGACGAUUACGACGACGGAGCGUCAGGGUACGACUCCUACUGGAAGAACCUAGCAUCUGGAGGUGGCCAACGGGACGACGAUGGAGAGGAUGACGAUUAUGAGGAAGAUGAGGAUGACGAUGAGGAAGAUGACGAUGAAGAAGAGGAAGAGGAGGAUGAGGAGGAAAAAGCUGCUGAUUCCGUGGCUGGUCUUAAACUGGACGGGGCUGCCUGAGCCGGGGCAAAGACUGGAGAGCACAGUCCCAUAGAUCCAAAUGAGUCUCAGCAGAUGUUCACUUGUUACAAUGCGGGAAUUAAUAAUGACAUACUUUAAGAAUUCAACAACAUAGCUGGUAUAACUAAAGCUAGGUAUCAACACUAGUACUGAUACUUACUCUGAGGAAUAGAAACGUUUUUCUACAAAACUUACUCAAGCAGCCGCACAGGAACUAUAAGAAUAGUAAAAAUAUACGUAUGUAUGAUGCACAAUUAUGAAUCUGACCAGACAUUUAAAAGAGUUAGAAAAUAAAUUGAGGUUUCUAUAACCAUCCCUAGAGACGACUUGUUUUCUGCUUUGUUGUUACAGGCUGGAUUAAUGCACUAGGAGGCUCCAUCGCUGAAAUGAGCUGUAAACCCAUUUUUAUUAGGAAUAUGCACCAUGUACAUUGUGACACAGGCCCCUCCACAAGACAGCUAAUAGAGUUGCGCAGUGGGAGGCCCCAAAAAUGUUUUUUCAAAACUUAAAUUCCCAAUUCAAAGAUUACCUUGGAUGAUUUUCUGUAUGUUCCUCAACAUGAAAACAUAUGAAUCUCCUGUUAAAUGUAACAAUGCUAUAAGUUUAUGUUCUGAUCAUCAAUUAUAGUUAUUUCAACUUUGUUUCGGAGAUAUUAUGUUUGGCGUGGUGGAUGGCUCUAAAUACUACAAUACCCAUGAUCCUCUGCUGCUGUACACUACCGGUCAAAAGUUUGGGGUCACUUAGAAAUUUCCAUUCCAGACAGAAUACCAGCAGAGA